AUGUUCCCCGGCUUCCUAUUCAUAGCCGUGCGCAUCUUCGAGAUCAUCUCGCUGAUCCCAAUCUGGGGUAUGCUCGCGUGGUUCGUCGACUUGUACCAGCCCGCCACGCCGCCAGACUACAUCCUCUACCCGUUCAUCGUCGCCCUCCUCGCCACAAUCUGGGCAAUAAUCACGCUGUUAAUGUACCGACGGAUGGGGUGGACGCCGAUCUACAUAGCGAUCGUAGACCUCUGCUGGUUCGGGAUCCUUAUUGGGGGGGUAGUGGUGUUGGCGCCGUGGGUGCGGCGCACGGACUGCGUGCAGUGGCAGGGCCAGAGCGCCGUUCUCAACGCCGCCGGCAUGAGUGUCACCUCGGGCGACGUCACCGUCGCGAAACAGUGCAUGAUGCUCAAGAGCUCGUGGGGACUCGCGAUACUCAAUAUCAUACUGUUCUUUGCCUCCGCCGUGCUGGCUUGGGAGGUCUGGCAUCGGACUGGUGUCGUCGUGGUUAGGCCGAGGAGGAGCAGGAGUAGUAGGAGGAAUAAUGGCUGGUAG